CACAUCAAGCCGUGAUAAAAAGUUGCCAAUUCUACACCAUCGUGCGCAAACCAUAUAUUCCGAAAGAAAUUAUAUAAUGCUCUUCUCGUCUCCUAUGAGAAUCUCUGCGGCGGCCACUUCGCUCCUGGCUGCCGUGACGGUACUAGUAUUAGCCGCACGGGUUUCGACGACAACACCGGCACCAGCCCCAGCAACGGCACCAGCGUCGGCGCCGGCUCCGGGACCGUCUGCUCAGGAGUCCGUGCCAGCCAGAGCGUUUCUAGUGUUUGGGGACUCCCUGGUGGACAGUGGGAAUAAUAACUACUUAAUUACGACGGCACGUGCGGAUUCGCCGCCCAACGGCAUAGACUAUCCCCACCAGCAACCCACGGGCCGCUUCUCCAAUGGCCUCAACUUCCCUGACCUCAUUGCGGAGGCGCUUGAGUUGGAGUCACCGCUUCCGUUCUUAAAUCCGGAUCUUAAGGGAAAGAAACUACUGGCUGGCGCCAACUUUGCCUCUGCUGGGAUCGGAGUCCUCAAUGACACCGGCUUUCAGUUCGUUACGGUGUUGAAGAUGUACGAGCAACUGGGGAUGUUCCUGGAGUACAAGCACCGGCUGGCGGCGCUUUUGGGCCCGGCCAAGGCCCAAGAGGUGGUGAGCAACGCCGUGAUCCUCAUAACCUGCGGCGGGAACGACUUCGUGAACAACUACUUCCUCACCCCCGUGGCUCCCCGGCGGAAGCAGUACACCCUCCCGGAUUUCUGCAGCUACGUGAUGUCGGAGUACAAGAAGCACCUCCUGGCGCUCUACGGGCUGGGCGCCAGGAGGAUCGUGGUGACCGGAACGGGCCCACUGGGCUGCAUACCGGCCGAGCUGGCCUUCUACGGGAGCAUGAACGGCGAGUGCGCCGACGAGCCCCAGGAGGCGGCCAAGAUGUUCAACCCCAAGCUGUUCGAUCUCGUGGACGAGCUCAACAGGGAUAUCGGCGAGGACGUCUUCAUCUCCGCCAACGCAUUCUCCUUGAAGAUGGACAUGAUCGAAAAGCCGGAGCAAUACGGGUUUAAGACGUCGAAGGUAGCUUGCUGCGGGCAGGGGAUGUACAACGGGCUGGGGAUGUGCACAGAGAUGUCGAACCUGUGCAGCAACAGGGAGGAGUACGUUUUCUGGGACCCGUACCACCCCACAGAGAAGGCGCUGCGGAUCAUGGUGAAGAAGCUGAUGAAUGCUUCAACAGACCACAUCCGACCCAUGAACCUUAGCACCAUGAUGGCUGUUGAUGCUGCUGCAGCUGCCGAUAGAGCCAUUAAUUAAUUACCAACUGGUUGCUAUAGCUGGUUAAAGACAUUAAUUAUGUUGGUAUUGCAUGAAUUGCUUUCCUGCUAAUAGUAACUGCCGUGGACCUUGAGCUCCGGUUUGGUUAUGUGGUGUUGUUGUUAUGAAGAAGAAGGAGACUAUAAUCCAGUCUAAUUAUAUAUGUUUUUUACAUUGGUUUUUCAUUUUUCCUGCGAAUAAUUCGUGGUGUGUAGAAUUUCGUGCGUUGAUUUUGACUGAAUGCACGUCUUUAAUAUGCUCGGGGUCAGAAUAUGUUGUGAGUUGUACUUCAGAUCUGCACUUGUUUUGCAUGCCCGUUGAGGACUCAUUUGGCUUUUCUGGUCGUGGCGCGCGAGAAGAAUCUGUUGGGCGCAGCGGGUGAGAAUAGCGGGUAAAUAUAUUGGAUUAAAAAAU